GCCAAGUUGGGUUCUCUUAUUGAGAACGAGCUGCCUGAGCGGUACCAAGAAGUAACAAAAUAGGUAUGCUAGAGUGGGUACCACCGUGAGAGAGUUCACGGUCGUUUCCAUCCAUGCUAAUCGACAUCUUCUUGCAAUUAUUACGUACUGAACAUAUAAGAGAAUAUACUUGAAGUGAGAAGUUUAACUAGGCGUAACAUGAUAUCAGGAGCAAUAAGAAGAUGCAAAAAACUGUUUCUUAUACUCGUAUUUAUCGUUGCAAUCGUGAUUUUACUGUUCCUAAAAUUGUCCCAUUCGAAAAAGGACGAAGAAGAAACGCAUUCUAAACGUAACUGGAGAAACAACGAAUACGUAGAUAAAAAUGGCAUAAGCGUGAUAGUGGGUCACUACGUGGGAAACUUGGGCUACAACAAAACGAAAUUACCGGACGAAAUUUUAAAUUCGAACAACUUCGCACCGGACCCGAAAGCCGGAAGAAACGGCCAGCCCGUCAUCGUACCUUCCAAGGACUUCAUCAAAAUGCAACAGUUAUACCAAAUAAACCAAUUCAAUUUGCUCGCCAGCGACAGAAUACCCCUCAAUAGGAGCCUGCCCGACUAUCGACGAAAAAUGUGUACUGCGUUAUUUAAAGACUACUUAAAUUAUCCGAAAACUAGCAUUAUUAUAGUAUUUCACAACGAAGCUUGGUCCACUUUACUGCGAACAGUAUGGAGCGUAAUAAACAGAUCACCCAAAGAACUGAUAAAGGAAAUCAUACUAGUGGAUGAUGCGAGUCAAAGAGAUUUCCUAAAGAAGCCAUUGGAAGACUACAUCCGCAAUUUGCCGGUCAAAGUAACCCUAAUCAGGAGCGCGAUCCGGAUAGGUUUAAUAAAGGCGCGCCUGAUGGGAGCCUCGCAGGCCGCCGGGGAAGUACUCACGUUCCUGGACGCGCACUGCGAAUGCACCACAGGCUGGUUGGAGCCUUUGUUAUCUGUGAUACACGACGACAAAACCACCGUUGUUUGUCCCACCAUCGACAUCAUCAACGACGAUACGUUCGCCUACGUCAAAAGCUUCGAGCUCCAUUGGGGAGCUUUCAAUUGGAACCUCCAAUUCAGAUGGUACACUUUGGGCGACAACGAAAUCAAAUUGAGGAAGCAGAACAUAACGAGGCCGUUUCACUCGCCCGUGAUGGCGGGUGGAUUGUUCGCCGUGGACAAAGAGUACUUCUACCGGAUGGGCGGCUACGACGAGGACAUGCUGAUUUGGGGCGGCGAGAACCUGGAGAUGUCCUUCAGGCUGUGGCAGUGCGGCGGGAGGAUCGAGAUAUCGCCGUGCUCGCGCGUCGGCCACAUAUUCAGGAAGUCGUCGCCGUACGGGUUCCCGGGCGGGCUGGACAGGACGCUGUUCUCCAAUUUGGCCCGAGUGGCCUUGGUGUGGCUGGACGAUUGGGCGGAUUUUUUCUUCAAGUUCAACGAGCAGCCCAGGUCGGUGAGAGCCAACCAGAACGUGACCAAGAGACUGGAAUUGAAGAGGAAAUUGAAGUGCAAAAAUUUCUCUUGGUAUUUGAGUAACGUUUGGCCGCAGCACUUUUUCCCUACGGACGAUAGGUUUUUCGGUCGAAUAAAGAACGUAGGAAGGAACAAGUGUCUUCUGAAACCGGAUAGAAAGGAUCUCUCUAACCAACCGGUCGGAGUGGCUACUUUAAAUCUGUGCUUAGGUGACGAUGUGCAAAUCGAAAUGUUUAUUAUGACCCAAGAGGGUUUAAUUAUGACUGAUGAUUCGCUCUGUUUGGAUGCUCCAAAUAAACCAUCGGCUGAUGCCAUAGAGGUGCGAAUAGUGGCUUGCCACAAAUUCCCCAGGCAAAAGUGGCGUUACCACGCAAAGACGAAAGAAAUCCGCCACAAUAGCAGCAACAAAUGUUUGGAUGUGAAGCUCGGAGCUAAGGAGAAUAUAAUUUUAGUAGAAUGCGACGGGAGUGUUAAUCAAAAGUGGAUUCUGGAGCCAGUACCGUGGAGGUAAAUAAAAUUUAAAUUACCAAAAUUAUUUAUUGGUAAAUUUAACACUAAACACUCAAAAAUACGCACACAACUGGUUCCUCCAUAACGGCAGUAAUUCGUAAACUACUUUUGUACUUAUUUUUGGAGAAAAUAAAUCAAAUCAAUCACAAAUCCAAUCUUCUAUGUACCAUCACAUACUUCCCGAUCCGCGGCGAAAGCGGAAACGUGGUAUGAAAAAUUUCAUGGGUUUGUUUAU